CAGCAAACGAACUAAAGGAAACAAUGGAAGAAAAAAAUUUGCGAAAGGUGAAGACGAAGGGGCUAUAGCUGAGUGGAGCAAACUAUAUGAAUGCGAACUUGAGAAAGCAGAUCAGGAUAUCAAAUUAUUAGAUCAACAGAUCAAGAAAAUGGAUGAUGAUGAAAGAGAAGCCAAAACAGCUUACGUACACGAAAGAAA